AUGUCAACCAAAAUAUUGUCUUUUGCAUCGAUUGGUGUACAGUCAAUAAAGGGACAGCUUUUAGGUCGAACGUCCGUUUUUGUUAAACAAACUCGACGUUUGCAAGUUCACGAGCAUGUUGCGUACACUUUGUUGAAGGAAGCUAAAAUCCCAACUCCACCAUUCGGGAUAGCCAAAUCAUCAGACGAGGCAGCUAAAAUUUCCAAAGACCUUAAUACAAAGGAUAUUGUAUUGAAAGCCCAAGUUCUUGCUGGUGGUCGUGGAAUGGGGAACUUCAAAGGCACUAAUGUUAGCGGUGUUGUUAUGUGUGAAACACCUGAACAAGCAAAAAGUCUAGCCAGUAAUAUGAUAGGCAAAUUGUUGGUGACAAAACAAACUGGAGCAGCUGGAAGAAUUUGCAAUUCAGUAAUGGUAACAACCAGGAUGUUCCCUCGCAAAGAAUAUUAUCUGGCAGUCAUGUUGGAGAUAAGUUUUAAUGGUCCGGUUAUAAUUGUGUCGAAACAAGGCGGUGUUAAUAUUGAGGACAUCGCCGCUACGAAUCCUGAAGCUAUAACUUAUAUACCGAUUGAUAUUAUGAAAGGUCUGUCAGCUGAACAAGCAGCUAAAGUUGCAGAAAACUUGGGUGUCGAAGGAGAGGAUAAAAAAAUUAUUUCGGCGAUUGCUUGCAAUCUCUAUGAGUUAUUUACUGAAAAGGAUGCCCUACUACUUGAGAUAAAUCCGUUGGCAUUGGAUCUUUGUGGCGAAUAUCACGCCUUAGAUUGUAAAUGUUCAUUCGACGACAGCGCAGAAUUCAGGCAGAAAGAACUAUUUGCCCUGAAGGAUAUCACACAGAUGGAUCCUAACGAAGUCCAAGCGGAGAAGUUCCAACUGAAUUACAUAGCACUUGAUGGGAACAUAGGCUGUAUGGUAAAUGGGGCUGGAUUAGCAAUGGCCACUAUGGACAUCAUAAAACACUACGGUGGUAUGCCAGCCAACUUUUUGGAUGUAGGCGGUGGUGCUACUGCAGAGACUGUUAAGGAGGCUUUUAAAAUAAUAGUUUCUGAUUCAAAGGUGGAAGCCCUUUUUGUAAAUAUAUUUGGAGGUAUUAUGAGAUGUGACAUAAUUGCAGAAGGAAUUAUCACUGCAUCCAAAGACUUGAAUUUGUCUGUACCCAUAGUCGUAAGAUUACAGGGUACCAACGUAAACGAAGCAAAAGUGUUAAUACGCGACGCUCAAUUAAAAGUUAUUUCCGUGGACGAUUUCGCAGAGGCAGCUGAAGCGGUUGUUAAAUUGGCAUUAAUGGUGAACUUAGCAAAUUCUUUAAAUUUAGACAUUAAUUUCACAACUAAAAAGAAACCUGACGAUAAAAUUAGCAAGUGCAAAAAGUGA